AUGAAGACGCUCGCCGCCCUCGUGGUCUCGGCCGCCCUCGUGGCCGCGCACGGCUAUGUUGACCACGCCACGAUCGGUGGCAAGGAUUAUCAGUUCUACCAGCCGUACCAGGACCCUUACAUGGGCGACAACAAGCCCGAUAGGGUUUCCCGCUCCAUCCCGGGCAACGGCCCCGUGGAGGACGUCAACUCCAUCGACCUCCAGUGCCACGCCGGUGCCGAACCGGCCAAGCUCCACGCCCCCGCCGCCGCCGGCUCGACCGUGACGCUCUACUGGACCCUCUGGCCCGACUCCCACGUCGGCCCCGUCAUCACCUACAUGGCUCGCUGCCCCGACACCGGCUGCCAGGACUGGUCCCCGGGAACUAAGCCCGUUUGGUUCAAGAUCAAGGAAGGCGGCCGUGAGGGCACCUCCAAUGUCUGGGCUGCUACCCCGCUCAUGACGGCCCCCUCCGCCUACACCUACACGAUCCCGUCCUGCCUCAAGAGCGGCUACUACCUCGUCCGCCACGAGAUCAUCGCCCUGCACUCGGCCUGGCAGUACCCCGGCGCCCAGUUCUACCCGGGCUGCCACCAGCUCCAGGUCACCGGCGGCGGCUCCACCGUGCCCUCUACCAACCUGGUCUCCUUCCCCGGCGCCUACAAGGGGAGCGACCCCGGCAUCACCUACGACGCUUACAAGGCGCAACCUUACACCAUCCCUGGCCCGGCCGUGUUUACCUGCUGA